AUGUUUGGCUUCAAAAUUGAAGUUCCCAAACGCGAGGGUUCGUUAAAAGAUAAAACACGGCCAAUCUACCUUGAUAUGCAGGCAACGACACCAGUGGACCCCCGAGUCCUUGAUGCCAUGCUUCCGUUCCUUACAGAUCAGUUUGGAAAUCCUCACAGUCGUACCCACGCAUACGGCUGGGAGGCCGAAAAAGCCGUGGACGAGGCACGCCAGAAUGUAGCAGACCUCAUCGGCGCCGAGGCAAAAGAUGUUGUUUUCACCUCGGGUGCAACUGAAACAAAUAAUAUGGCAAUAAAGGGCAUCGCCCAUUUCUAUCAGGAUAAGAAAAAGCACAUCAUUACCACUCAAACUGAGCACAAGUGUGUCUUGGACUCGUGUCGAAAAUUACAGGAGGAGGGUUUCGAUGUUACCUAUCUUCCUGUGCGGUCGAAUGGUGUCAUAUCCCUGGAAGAGCUGGAGGAGGCUAUCCGCCCUGAUACUUCCUUGGUCUCGGUCAUGACUGUUAACAAUGAAACUGGUGUCAUCCAACCAAUCAAAGAGAUUGGUGCCAUAUGUCGCAAGCACCGCGGAGUAUAUCUCCACACAGAUGCGGCCCAGGCGGUUGGGAAGAUUCCAAUUGACGUCAAUGAUAUGAACAUUGAUCUUUUGAGCAUCUCGGGGCACAAGCUCUACGGACCGAAGGGUGUCGGUGCGGCGUAUGUGCGGCGACGACCAAGAGUUCGUCUUGAGCCAAUAAUUAAUGGUGGGGGUCAAGAACGCGGACUUAGGAGUGGAACACUUCCCACUGCCUUAGUCGUUGGAAUUGGCGAGGCGGCCAAGAUUGCCAGUCAAGAAAUGGCGAGAGACCACGCCAGGAUUUCCAAGCUCUCCAAGCGAUUAAUAGAUGGAAUUAAUGCGCGAGUUUCACAUGUUGUACGAAACGGAGAUCUCAGUGGCUACGCGGGUUGUGUAAAUUUGAGCUUUGCAUACGUGGAGGGUGAAAGUCUUUUAAUGGCUCUGAAGGAUGUGGCGCUGUCAUCCGGAAGUGCUUGCACGUCGGCUUCUCUCGAGCCGUCAUAUGUGCUCCGUGCAUUAGGUGCGGCUGAGGACAUGGCACACUCCUCUUUGCGAUUUGGAAUUGGCCGAUUUACUACAGAGGCGGAGAUUGACUACGUCGUUGAAAGAAUAGCAGCAAUUGUCCAGAGACUGCGUGAUAUGAGCCCGCUAUGGGAAAUGGUUCAAGAAGGAAUUGAUAUCAACUCGAUUGACUGGUCACAACAUUAG